GUCGCGCUCGAGCGGCCCGCGCGCUUGCUGCAGGGACCAGCUCCAGGCGCUGGCGCCGGGGCCGCGGGAAGGAAGCGAUUUCGCUCUCUGCAGCAGCGGGCGCGGCCCGGAGCCCCGCGACCAUCCAGAGCUCCAGGGGCUGCGGCCUCUCUGCACGGCAACACUGAAUGCUUCACAACCUUCGGAGAUCACCUAGCAACCUUCCUUAGGCCCUGUCUGGCCCUGAUUAGAAAUCUGGAGUCAAGGCCCCAAGAUUGAUGAGUUUGCCUUGGGAGUCAGUGGAAAGGUGAAACCAAAGGUCAACAUGGGUCAGAAGGUCACGGGAGGGAUCAAGACUGUGGACAUGCGGGACCCCACAUACCGACCUCUGAAGCAGGAGCUCCAGGGGCUGGAUUACUGCAAGCCCACCCGGCUGGACCUGCUGCUUGACAUGCCCCCCGUGUCCUAUGAUGUCCAGCUGCUCCACUCCUGGAACAAUAAUGACCGCUCUCUCAACGUCUUCGUGAAGGAAGAUGACAAGCUGAUCUUUCACCGGCAUCCGGUGGCCCAGAGCACAGACGCUAUCAGGGGCAAAAUUGGGUACACACGUGGACUGCAUGUGUGGCAGAUCACAUGGGCCAUGAGGCAACGCGGCACGCAUGCUGUGGUGGGGGUGGCCACAGCGGAUGCCCCUCUGCACUCUGUUGGGUACACUACCCUCAUAGGAAAUAACCACGAGUCCUGGGGCUGGGACUUGGGGCGAAACCGUCUCUACCAUGAUGGCAAGAACCAGCCAAGUAAAACGUACCCAGCCUUUCUGGGGCCGGAUGAGACGUUCAUUGUCCCUGACUCCUUUCUUGUGGCCCUGGACAUGGAUGAUGGGACCUUGAGUUUCAUUGUGGAUGGACAGUACAUGGGAGUGGCUUUUCGGGGACUUAAGGGUAAAAAACUGUAUCCUGUAGUGAGCGCCGUCUGGGGCCACUGUGAGAUCCGCAUGCGCUACUUGAACGGACUUGAUCCUGAGCCCCUGCCACUCAUGGACCUGUGCCGGCGUUCGGUGCGCCUAGCUCUAGGAAAGGAGCGCCUGGGUGCCAUCCCCGCUCUGCCGCUACCUGCCUCGCUCAAGGCCUACCUCCUCUACCAGUGACCCACAUCCUAGGACCACCACACGACAGCCACCUGGUGCCAACUCACCGGGCCUUUGGAGUCCACCAACCCCCGUGCCUGGGAUGGAUGUCCACCCCAAGCCAUGGGCAGAUGUGUCCUCUCAUCCUACCAGCUGCCUCUGCUAGGUGGACCAAUGCCAGCGGACUUCUCUCCUCCCUUCCCAACACUGGCUGAAGCAGCAGCAUCCAGGCCCUCCCCUGAACAGAUGCAGAGAAUAAACUUCUAUGGAAGCCUCUGUCAGGCUCCUGACUGCUCUCACGGAGUGGGCUGCUCCUACCCUGCAGCCCCCUGGGGGUCCUGGGAGGAGAGAUUGGUGGGAGAUGCCAGGGCUCCAGGGCAGAUUCCCAAAGCAGGAAUGGCCAGGACAAGGCACUCAGAUGAAGCUCAGGAUGUCACAUACCAUGGACACUGAGACAGGACCCCAGGUUGGACCUCCCUCGGGCCAAUGAGUGCCCGGCUUCAGUGCCAGCUGUCGGUGCUCCAUGCCCUAUAUUUAUUCUUUAAGCAGUAACAAAGGCCAUUUAUUUAUUCCAUUUAGAAAGGAAACCUUGUUGGGUCACCUCCCUUUGUGUGUUCUGUUGCUCCCUCCCACACACACCUGCCACUUCCCAGGAAUGUGUAUGCCACACCUGUCCCUUUUCCUGGGACAUGCCUUUGGCAUAUGAACUGGCAUGCACAGACACAAGGGUGUCAUUGUGUAGAUCCCUUGACCCAGUUUCCAAAGGGCUCUGCACCAGCACGGGGGAUCAGGCCCCAAGGAGAAUUAGAAGACUGCGCAAGUCCGCACGUCCCCAGGUAGCUGCUUACCUUGUGCGUUCAUACAUCAUUGCAUGUGUCUGGGUCUCUUGUCUUCCAUGAGAUUUGAAUUUUGCACCUGAUUUUUCUGGUGUUUCCUAUGAGCAUCCUUGAACUCUAGGCCUGGAGAGCCGUCAGGAUAAGCAGGGCGAGUGGGGUUCCCAGCCCCUAGGAGUGGAGCAUUGUGAAACCCCGCGCCUCUAGGCUCAAGAGCCGUAUGGAGCAGCACUCAUGACCCCACACACACCUCAGGAGUGGGGUGCAGGACGGCAGCAGGUGAUGGCUGCCUGUCCCCAGCAGCACCCUAUUUUGGAGCAUUCCAGCAUCUGCUUCUGAUCUCUUGCCCUUUCUUUUACAUUGAAAUCAGCUCCCUAAAUUGGGAAUGUAGCCCAGUUGGUAGAGUGCUUGCCUAGCCUGCAGGAAGCUCAGGUUCCAUCCCCCGUACUAAGGAAAAUCAGGCAUGGUGAACUACCCGUGAUCCCAGAACUCAGGAGGUGGAAGCGGGAAGAUCAGGAAUCCAGCUGCAUGCUGAGUUGGUGGCUGCCCAGGGCUGUGUGAAACUUGUCCUCUUAAAAACAGAAAAAGAAAAGAAACCAACUCCAAUCGAGUCUGAGCUUUGCUCGUUUCUGCACAGGUACAAUAAAUGACUUUAUGUUGAAAAUGUUUAAUAUAUUUACAUAUAUAUAUAUAUUUGUAAGCAUCGUUUCAAACAGCUGCUGUAGGUACCUUUUCUCCCCAGUCUUCCAGUGAAGUCUAAUUUUUAAAGCACAAAAUUGGUGCCAAGACUAGAUAAAGAAUGUAAGUUAUUCCCUUCAUAUUUUGAAGUUUUGGAGUCUGUUUGUUUGUUUGUUUGUUUGUUUCCUUUUGGGGCCUUGUCAGAUUGUAAAAUUUCACUUGUUCCCAUUUUGGAGUGGGUUAUGUUCAGCUGUACAGAUCCCAGCUUCUCGUCUUGAUCCAGCCGUACCCGGUGGAUGCUGGUGAAUUGUCAGGCUCUCCUGAAUCCACCAUACUCCAUCACCCCAGGUCACCACCCCUCCCUGCUGUCCCAUCAACAUAAAGCCUCGUGGCAUGUAUAGUUUGAAACCCCCGUUCUGUUCUAUUUUAUGAUGAUUCAUAACAGUAACCUAAUAAAGGAAAGUUUGUUAAAAUAUGAAA